AUGCCAAAAAUUAAUAUCAAAAAGAUUCCAAGGCAGACACAAAUAAAGUUAAAGACAAAUCAAAUACUAUCUAUGCAAAAAACUAUAGAUAGGUCACUAUUGACGAGUUCUGGCAUUGGAGAGCCCUCAGUAUACCAUGCAUUAGUAGUGAUAUUUUUAGAAUAUUUCUCAUGGGGACUGCUGACGAUGCCCAUCAUCAAUGUGCUCAACAAAACAUUCCCCGAUCACACAUUUUUGAUGAAUGGCUUAGUGAUGGGCAUUAAAGGCAUUUUCUCAUUUCUAUCAGCGCCACUUAUCGGCGCAUUAUCAGACGUUUGGGGAAGAAAAUUUUUUCUACUAAUUACCGUUUUCUUCACAUGUGCUCCUAUACCACUAAUGUCAAUAAAUUCAUGGUGGUUCUUUGCAAUGAUCUCAAUAAGUGGCGUCUUUGCCGUAACAUUCUCUGUUGUUUUUGCCUAUGUUGCGGACGUUACAACCGUUCAAGAAAGGUCACGAGCAUAUGGAUUAGUUUCAGCAACAUUUGCUGCUAGUUUGGUAAUAUCACCCGCAUUAGGAGCCUAUUUAAAUGAUACAUAUUCAGAGUCGUUAGUUGUCGCAUUAGCCACGGCAGUAGCAGUGUUAGAUGUAUUUUUCAUCUUAGUAGCCGUUCCUGAAUCCCUCCCAGAAAAAGUACGACCGAAAACUUGGAAUGGCGCACCAAUUAAUUGGGAGCAAGCCGAUCCCUUCAUAGCUCUACGGAGAGUUGGCAUGAAUCAUACAGUUAUGAUGCAAUGUCUAACUGUUUUACUUUCUUAUCUACCUGAAGCUGGACAGUAUUCCUGUAUUUUCGUUUAUCUCAAAUUGAAGAUGCACUUUAGUUCGUUAGAUGUUUCAAUUUUUAUUGCGGUCGUAGGCGUUUUAAGUAUUGUGGCUCAGAUGUUUUUGGGUGACUUGAUGAGAGUUCUUGGUGCUAAAAGGACUAUAAUUAUUGGAUUGACAUUUGAAUUCAUGCAGUUGUUGUGGUUUGGAAUAGGAACGCAGACAUGGAUGAUGUGGGGAGCAGGAAUUUUGGCUGCACUCGCAAGCAUAACUUACCCUGCGAUUUCAGCAUUUGUGUCCAUACAUACUCAUAUUGAUGAGCAAGGUGUCGUCCAAGGGAUGGUGACUGGAAUGCGUGGCUUAUGCAACGGUCUUGGACCGGCAAUGUUCGGAGUGAUUUUCUAUUUAUUUAAUGUGGACCUGAACGACGAAUCAAAGAAUGUGAAUAGUAAUAUAAAUUUCAAUGACAUCAAGUUUAACUUAACGGAUAGCUUUCAUCACAAUGAUUAUUUGACAAAUAUGAGGCACGAGUUUCAUGAUAAUAAUUAUCUCACACAAUUCAUGCCUGGCCCGCCAUUCGUAUUGGGCUCAUUGAUGGUAGUCGUUGCUAUACUUGUAGCUAUUUUUAUAAAAGACGAUCACGGCAUUGAGCAUACUAAGCGGACGUCAAUUGUUGGUCCGACUUCAAGUAAUUACAAUAAUAGUAACGAGGAGGUGGAUGACGAUGAACGAAGACGCUACUCAGUUACACUAUUUCCUUUAGUCAUUGAUGAUGAAAAGGAGGUUCAGCUUUAA